AUGGCGGGCGGCUGGGAGACAGCGCUGGGCCUGGGGCUCUGCCUCGCCGCCCUGCACCGCGGAGGCUGCCGCCUCCCCAGCGUGGCCACGGCACCCCAAACGUCACCCGUGCUGCGGGACAAUUUCCGCCUGCAGCCAGGUGAUUUGGUGAUCACAGCGGGGCAAGCGUUGGAGCUGGAUUGUGUCCCCCCCUUGGGGUACCCUGAGCCCUACGUUACCUGGAAGAAGGAUGGGGUGACCUUGGACUUGGUAGGCGGCAGGUACGUGGUCACCAAGGGGAAGCUGCAGGUGGCAUCGGCACAACGGAGCGACUCCGGUCUCUACAUCUGCGUGGCGGCCAACGCGGCAGGCAAGAGGGAGAGCCGGGCUGCCCGCGUCUCCGUGCUGGAGAAGCCAAGCAUUGUGCGGCACCCCAGCGACGCCGUGGCCGCGGCUGGCAGCACCGUGGAGCUGGGCUGCAGCGCCCGAGGCGACCCAGCGCCGCAGGUGCAGUGGCACAAGGAGCACGGAGACCUGCCCUGGGGCAGGCACGAGGUGGACCGGGAGCACACCCUGCGCCUCUUCGCCGUGACGCCCGCCGAUGCCGGCGCGUACGUGUGCACAGCACAGAGCCAGCUGGGCAGCGCCGCCGCCACCACCUUCCUCCACGUGGAGGACCGGCUGGCAAUGGGCCAGCAGGAGACUGGCCCCCGGGAGCUGCUGGCUGUGCGGCUGCACCUGGACAACGGCACUGCCCUGCCCACUGCCGCCGUGCAGCUCCGCUGGCAGAUGCUGAUGCCGGUGCCGGUGCCCGUGGGCUACAUGGUGCUGUACCGCAGCCUGCUCCCGGUCAGCACCUCCUGGAUCCAGCACGACGCCGGCAGGGAGCUCAGCGCCGUCAUCCCCGCGCUCCGCAGGGGCUACAAGUACGAGUUCAAGGUGCGACCCUACACUGGAGGGACCCAGGGCUCAGACAGCAACAGCAGGCACCUCUGGAUACCCGAGGAAGUGCCGAGUGCAGCACCCCAGCGUGUCACCAUCCAGGCUGAGACAGGCAACGGCACCGUGGUCGUGAGCUGGGAGCCACCUCCUCCUGAAGCCCACAAUGGCGUCAUCCAGGGCUACCAGGUCUGGUCAAUGGGCGAGGGCUGGCAGCGUCCCACCAACAGGACAGUGGAUGGAGCCACCCGCCGCCUGGAGACCCUAGAUCGGAAGGCCAGGUCUGAUGGAGAGCACGGUGGGGUGCUGCGGGGGCCAAGGCGGCGACACGAAGUGACACUGAUGGGACCCUUGCAGGGCUGGCAGCGGGGAGCAGCAGGGUGGUGCAGGCCCUGCAGCAGCCUGCUGUCAUCGCAGCCGCUGGCUCCAUGCUCUGGCUGGCCUUACUCGCCCUCCUCCUCCUCCUCUGCCAGCGCCGCGCCAGCCAGGACGCCGCCGCUCGCCACAGGCUGGUGGCUGGUGACUCGCCGUGGCUUGGCGCUCCCUGGAAACCCAGCUGUGCCCCCCGAAACCUCAGCAGCAGCAGCAGCCUCAGCAGCCGGCUCCUGGGCAGUGAUGGCAGGGACCCCCACCCCUCCAGCAGCAAGGACUUGAGGACACACAGACCCAAGGACAGAGGGGACAGGGGACACAUGUCCAUGGGUGCCCUGACCUCUCUCACUCUUCCAGCCCUCUCCUUGGAGCCGCCGAGCCUUG